GUCUCGGAAAGCCGUAAACCUCCCGCAGCAUGUCGUAAAAUACAACCGAGGCAGUAUUUUUUCUUCUGCACUCUACGCACUACAAAUGUUCAUUUCAUCCGAUAUUGUUAAUGCGAUCUCCUUUUGGCACCAUGACGAAAGAAGUUGGCCAGAGUGCUGUGACUCGAGCUGAAGCAAACGUGUUUCCCGAGUGAGGAGCCAAAAGAUGGCUUGAUGUGUUGCAAAAAUAAACUCAACAAUGGCAACCUACACAGACGCAGAAGGACAUAAUCUGGUGGUGGAGGUGAGCCCCGACAUCCACAUCUGUGGAUUCUGCAAGCAACAGUAUAACAAUUUCGAGGUGUUUCUGGCCCACAAGAAGAGUGGAUGUUCACUGCCUACGCGUGACACCUCAGCCACGGCUGCAGAAGCUUCCUCUAUUCCAGGCAUUGAGGUAGUUUUAGGGGAGACCUUCCAGACGUGUGUCCUGAGAGGGGUUAAGAAGAUCCUGACCAAACCGCAGAAGACCAAAAAGCUAAAAGGCGCAUUGACGUCCAAGAGGUACAGCUGUUUUUUCUCAGGCUGCACCUUUAAGACACAGUAUGGGCAAAAAGACAUGGAGCGACACCUUAAAACUCACACCGGUGAGAAGCCGUUCGAGUGCGAGCUGUGCCACAAACGCUUUAGCCGGCGGGACAAGCUCAACAUGCACAGCCGCUCGCACACGGGCGAGAAGCCUCAUAAGUGCAAACUGUGCCCCUAUGCGGCGGCCGACAGCAGCAGCCUGAAAAAGCACUUGCGAAUCCACUACGACGAGCGGCCCUUCAAGUGCCAGAUUUGUCCCUACGCCAGCCGUAACUCCAGCCAGCUCACCGUGCACCUGCGCUCACACACCGGAGAUGCACCCUUCCAAUGCCAGCAGUGUGACGCCAAGUUUAAGAUCAACUCCGACUUGAAGAGACACAUUCGGGUCCACUCGGGAGAGAAGCCUUACAAGUGUGACCUAUGCGAGUACCGCUGCGCCAUGAAAGGUAACCUCAAGUCUCAUGUUCAGAUCAAACACAGCACAGAAAACGCCUUCCGCUGUGCCCAUUGCGAGUUCACGUGCGCCAACAAGAUGGCGCUACGGCAGCACUCGCGCCAGCACAGGCCCGUUCAACCCAUGCAGUGCUCAAAGUGCACGUACUCCUGCGCCAGUCGCGGGGCACUAAAAGUCCACGAGAGGAUCCAUUCUGAGGAGCGUCCCUUUAAAUGCGACUCGUGCAACUAUGCCUCGAAGCAACGCAGCAAUCUGGUCAUCCACAAGAAGAGGUUCCACUCGGACACACCCGAAAAGGGUGGCGGGAAAAAGGCGGGCGAUGACCCCCCGAAACCCAUCAGCUCUCGUUACCGAGCCAAGCUGGACGCCACUCGAGCCUUCAGUUGCGACUCGUGCAGCGCAUCGUUUGUGAGGGAAGACUCGCUGAGGAGUCACCGGAAGCAACACAGAGAGACGCAGAAUCCGCUGCAGGCGCAAGUGACCGGCCCUCUUGCCCAUGAGAUGUCACCGCGUGACAACACUCAGUUGGACGGCCCGCUCCAGGUGGACUCCUUGGCCCCUUACAAUAGCACGCAGUUGAAAAUUAUCGUGUCUUCUGCGGAGAGCCCCAACAAGAUGGUUCUGUUGAGUCCAGAACACCAGGACAUGGUGGUGAACUCCAUGAUCCAGCAGGUCAACCUGCUGGCACCCGUGCAGCCACCUGGGUCGUCCCAAAACGCAGAAGCCACUUUUGUACCCCAGACGGUCCUCUUGACACCGCUCCUCUCAGCCGACGACACCAACGGCCCUCUGCACCAAACGCUGGUCCACUCGGCAGUGGGCGCUCAGGAGUCCAGCGUCGUCCCUCAAACUUUCAUCACAACCUGCACCGAAUUAGAGGACUUGCGUGCCUUGGUGCAAGAGGGCGGCACAGAGGUGACCGUUGUGACAGAAGGAAAUGCGGCUACAGUGAAUUCGAAGAGUCCGACCGGACUGGCCACAGAAUCCACUGUCGAUCCAGUGGAGGGUCAAGGGCAGUGCCUUAGCAUGUGAAAGCUUCGAACAAAGCGGAACCUUUUAAACGGACAUUUACUGCAACAUAAGCUACUUUGCCUGGAGCAAACUUUUUCGGGGGUCUGGUGUUAACUUUAGUCAUGUACUUACAGUGAUGUUAGAUUUAAACUUUUUUUUUUUUGGAAUAUCAAAUUCAUAAUGUGGAGGUGUAAUAGUAGAACUUGGACUCAUGUACUCUCAUAAGCACUCUCAUAAGCAGACGUGGGGAACAUGUGGCAUGUGGGCCGCUUUUAAGGGCUGUAAACAUGGAAAGCAAUUGAGUAUUUAUACUCCAGGUAUACACCCUUGAUAUCCAAAUAAAGGUCCAUUUCCUGACCGACAGAGUGAGCAAAACUUCCGCUAAUGCUACUUCUGUUCAACUAUCUGAGGAGAGGGCCGUGCAGGAGUAGAAGGAUAUGAGGAAUACAUGACAAGGCAUCUUUAUGUAUAUUUCAUCCACCAGGUAACUCAAUGUGCUUCACAUAGUUACAAAACAAGAUAAAGGCAAAAUACAACAUUUCAAGGCAAAAGAUGUUUUAAUUUUUUUUUAAAUUGAAGACAUUUAAAAGCAAAGUAGAAAAUAGUGGGGGGAAAGUACUGUACUUGCAAGUCAAAACUGUUACUAGAAACGUGGGAAAAACGUUACUGAUGAGGCAGUUCUACUAACGAGAGUGUACAGUACUGACAUAUGGACCUUAAGCUAGAUAUCAGGGAUGUCUA